AAUCAAAUUUUUUACAUAUAGUAAUAAAACUAAUAAAUAUUUCUUAAAAAUUUAUUUGAUAUUACCUAUCUGUUUAAAAAUUAUUUAUCUAAAACUGCAACAAAAUAUGAUUAUUUACUGCAUAAAUCAUUAUAACUCAAAUUAUUCUUCGCAAUUAGUUUCAGAAGCAACAUUUGGAUAUUCAUCAAAAUUUAUCAUUGACUAAGAAAAAAAAUCUAAAAAACAGUUUUUAAAUUAUCCUUUUAAUUAACUAAAAAACCUUUUAACUAUAACUAAAAAACAUUCUUUAAAAUAGAAACAUUUUAAUUUUGUAUCACAAUGUGUUUUUUUCAUAAUAAAUUAUUUCAUCACAUCAAUUAUACAUACAGAGUAAUAUAAAUAAUAAAGUUCCAUAUAAUUAUCAUUCACAAAGUAAUCUCACACGCGUUGCAAACAUCGUAACUCAUAACCAUACGCGUUAAUUUUAACAAUCACAACUCGACAAGGUGGAUGUCACUUUCUUGGUCAUCAACAAAGUGGGAGUCGGUAUAAAGAGAAGAUACAUUCUGUGGAGAUGGUCAGUGAGUUCAGUGAGAGUGCCGUGUUCAUUUCACCGUCAUACUGUGAAAGUCAAAUAUGAAGCUAAGGAAACUUUUGGUGGUAACGUGGUGCUCGAUAAUUAUGGCUCGGUCAGAACCCACAGAGAGCGAUCAGGACACGUUACUAAGGAAGGCCGCGGAGCAACUGGAGCGAUUAGCACCGUAUCGAAGAAUCGCGGAGGAUUCCGAAGAGUCUAAUCUCUCGAGUUUUUUAGAGGAGUGGAAGUCUUCAAUAGGUCAAAAUGAGUUAGAUACGACAAAGAGUGGCUCGGAUCAGAAUGUAUCUUGGGAGAUACCUGAAAUUUCUCCGGAGCAAACGGAAUCGGAUACGAAUAAGCGAAUCGACGAUCAAAAGAUGAUAGCUAUCAGCGUUAUUACGGAUCCGAGAUACGCUGCGCUGAUGCGGGAGAGAAUAAAGAGAGGCUUCGACUAUGGAUCUGCCAGUCUUUUGACCAGCAUAGCAGGUGGAGUAUUAAGCGGAGUCGCGAGUGCAUCAAGUGGCUCCGCGGCGAAAGCUUCUGCGAGUAGCAGCGAAGCUGUAUAUAAACAACCGGCCGCGUAUGGUGCACCUACAGUGGAACAUGCCUAUCCUUCGUAUGAAGAGAAGCCAUUUGGCCCAUGGGACUUCAAGAAAGCAAUUUUUAGCACGAUGUUUCAAGCUCUCAAGGCAAUAGGUGGCGGCGUGUUAGCUCUCAAGGGACAACUGGUUAAAGGAGGUGGCUACUUGCUGGCGGGCAAAGGCAAAGUUGUUAGUAAAGCAGGAGAUGUCAUCACAUCCUUUGGUAAACAACUGGCAGCCAGUGCGCAAGCAAAGCCUUAUCCACCAGAACCUUAUUACGACUAUCCACCAUAUCCACCGACUCAACAUAUAGGUCCUGAUCCCGGUUACCCAAGGCCACCGCCAAACUCGGAUAUUUCUGAAGUUCCUGGUGCUUUCUCAGCACACGAGGCCUACGGCGUGCCAUCAGACGACAAUGGUCAGGGCGGCCUGCUGAUCGUGACACCGACGAAAUCUGACCUGGACAGCAAUCAACAUACGAAUGUGGUGGCGGUGCAAGAGAGCCCGGACCAUACCAAACUAGAAGAGAGUUUUGGUGGAUCAUUCAAGAAUUCCGCUAAUACUGCCAUCAAGAAUAUAUUGAACAGUGUGCCAAAAGGUAGCACCGGUUCGAAGGAUCAAACCGUAGCUGGUCAGAAUAGCCUCAACAACAAUAACAACAAUAACAACGUGGACUCUUAUCCUCCCGCUCAACAUCCGCCCUAUGGUAUACCAGAUCAUUAUCCCGCAAACCACAACAAUCCAGCGCAUAAUUACGAGCAAAAUUAUUCAGCUGUUCAAGACGACAUUUACAAACAGCCUGAAUUAUUGAAAAUUACUUCACAACAGAAUUAUCCGGCCGCUCAAAACAGCGCUUAUCAACAGCCCGAAUUACAAACGUUGGAUCAUUUCCCGAACUUCGAACUGGAUCCAAACCUAUCGGACCAAUUGAGCUUGGGGUAUCCACCGCUUCAAUACCCGAAUCCGCAUAACUCUCUACUAAAUUCGCCCAAGUUGCCGCACAAUGAUGACGAUACAUCGGUAUAUGCGAGCAUAUCUGUAGACACUGAGCCACAGAUUGCGCCCUUGAAAGUAUCUCUUCUAAACUCUCAUCAAGAUGUCCUCGAUCUGCCCAAGUUGCAGCCGCACGCAGACUUUCACGGACAACCCCAAUUCGCGAACUACCUCCACGGUAGCUUGGGCGGCCCGUUGAGGGUUCCGCUUCUAAGUCCGAUGCCAUCGGCUUACUACUGGCAGAGUCAAGGAUCGCUGGUACCGGCCUCGGCACUUGACACGCUGAAUCAUUUCCGUAAGAGGAACAUUCUUCAGAGGCGGGCGUUUGCAAAACGACUCGCGCGUUACGCGUCGUUACAGAAGAUGAGGCUCCAUCGGCUCUAAGGUCGAGGCAGUGGUCUAUGCGUUCGCAUAUUAUCCUCGCCCAGCCAGAUACAGGUACAAGCCGCUGUACCCCUAUGGACGAUAAGAACUUUCAUCAUCGAUGCUCACGCUUGAGGCGA